GAGAGAGGGGUCCUUUCCACCCUGCUGCCAGACAAAAGAAGACUGGAAAAGGAUCAAAUCUUCUAAGCACUUCUGAAAGGACAGACGGAACCCUGGAUUGCAAUGCUAUAGUUUUAUUUGGAAGUCUACAUUGCGCAUUUAUAUGCUUAUUUAUAGGACAUUUCAAGAACAAGGGACACGGGACGUCUUCUUUUAAUAGCCAUUGUCAGUGUGUCAUGUGGAGAACGGGGUCACACUGGAGGGCGAUGACCUGUUUUUCACCUGUCGUUCUUCUCCGGAUGGACCCGUGUACAUCUGAACAGAUUUUCUUGCGAGAAGACUCUCUCUAAACAAUCCUCAUAUAGCGCGCUCAGAUGCUCACCUGGGUGCAAUUUUUGAAACGAUCGGCCGAAUCCGGCGCAAAGAGCUCACUGUCCUGGGUGAUAGUAGCGCUGGAGCGAUGCAAUCCAUCCUGUCCUCGGCUGUCGUGCUAUGCUUCCAGGCCGUUUUACUGCUAUACAGCCCAUUACAGGUAUUAGCAGUGGAAAAUGUUAACUUUGGAGUUCACGUGGAGAAUCAGACUGGGGUUCGGGACGGUCUGAGCCGGAAGCAACACAGAGUUUACCAACUAUACAGCCGGACCAGCGGAAAACAUGUCCAGGUCUUCGGCAAGAAAAUCACUGCCAUGGGAGAGGAUGGAGACAAAUAUGCCCAGCUUGUGGUGGAGGCAGACACCUUUGGGAGUCAAGUGAGAAUACGAGGAAAAGAGUCAAAUUACUACCUGUGCAUGAAUCGUAAGGGAAAGCUUGUGGGAAAGAAAGCCAGCAGUGUAAAUGGAGGCUGUGUUUUUGUUGAGAUAAUGCUUGAGAAUAACUACACCGCUUGGAUGUCAGCACGCUACUUGGGCUGGUACGUAGGCUUCACCAAAAGAGGCCGACCGCGCAAGGGCUCCAACACGUUACCCAACCAGCGAGAUGUGCAUUUCAUGAAACGCUUCCCUCCAGGGGAGCAGCCAGACCUCCAGCCCUGCAGCUUUACCACAGUCAGCAAGAGGAGGAAAAGAGUCCAGCAGACCUUCACGUCUCCACAACCACUCCCAUAAUACAACAUACGACACUGUGUUUUAACAAGCACUGAUGGGAGAAUGACUCUUGGAGCUUGUUUGCAAAGACCAUUUCAUCAAAAGGACAGAGAAACAGACACAAUAUCCUUUAAAAUGUGAUUAGGUUAGACGUAGGACCGACCUCCCAGUGGAAGUCACAGUCAAAGGAUGAGGUUGCUUAAACACUGUGUAAUCAUGCAAACAUAACCAAAGACUCCUGGGCAAGUGUCCAGUUACUAAACCCUGACAAGUAUGGGACCAAGCACUUCACGCCAAAGAAUUCCUCUCUAAUGUCCAGUGCCACAGACGCACCAUUAAAAUAAGUGACUGAGAAAUUAAGUCAAGUGCUCUUCUUAUAUGAACUGCAGCAUGGAUGCAAUCCAUAGGCAGCAAAGCAUGGAAGACUGGCAAGUUCAAAUUCAAUACACAUCAGCUGAGACCUGUGGACUUGGAUGUUCAUGACAAAAACAGUGAUUAAUGGGAUAGUUCACCCAAAAAUUGUAAUUCUCUUAUCAUUUACUCACCCUCAUGCCAUCCUAGAUGUGUAUGACUUUCUUUGCAGAACACAAAUGAAGAUCUUUAGAAAAAUAUCUCAGCUCUGUAGGUCCAUACAAUGCAAGUGAAUGGUGGACAGACAUUUGUAGUUCCAAAAAAUACUCCAUAUGACCCCAGCAUUCAAAUCCAUAUCUUCAGAAGAAAUAUCUAAAUCUCCACUUUAACUAAACAGGCACCACAUGUGACUUUCAGAUGUAAAAGUGAAAGUGGAUAUUUAGAGUAAAAAAAAGGACUUAAAGUUUGAUGUUUCUCACCCACACCUAUUAUAUCACUUCUGAAGAUAUGGAUAAAAAAAAAAAAAAAAAAAAAAAAUUAUAUGUUUAAGAUAUGUAUUACUUCUGUUUCCUUUAUGUGAUUUUUGGAGCUACAAAGGUCUGAUCACCAUUCACUUGCAUUAUAUGGACCAACAGAGCGGAGAUAUUCUUCUAGAAAUCUUUGUUUUUGUUCUAUUAAAGAAAGAAAGUCAUACACAUCUGGGAUGGCAUGAGUGUGAGUAAAUGAUGAGAGAAUUAAAUUUUUUUGGUGAACUAUCCCUUUAAAAGGACCUGGGAUACUUUUAAAGGGAUAGUUCACCCAAUAAUGAAAAUUGUCAUCAUUUAAAUGUUCGGCAUGCCACUCUUACCAUUCACUUCCUUUACAACCUUUUGCCGUAAAAUGAAAGUGAAUGGUGACUGAGGCUGUCAUUCUGCCUUACAACUCCUUUUGUGUUCCACUGAAGAAAGUCUUGUAUUGGAGCAACAUGAGGGUGAGUAAAUGAUGGCAGAAUUUUCAUUUUUCGGUGAACUGUUUCUUUAUUAUAGGCAUUGGGCCUAAGAGAACCAUGAUAUUGUAACUAAGAACCAGAAUGUAUUUGUGAAGAGACUUGUAGUGGACUUUACUCAUGUCAGAGAGUUUACUGACGUGGCGGCUCAUGAUUGGUCACUUGCCCAGUCAGUCGAUUUUAAUUCUGUUUCGCAGCACAACAGUGGAAAAAGAAACUGUAACCGUGCCAAUGAGCCCGGAUCAGUAUGGAAUGGCACAGUUCUGCAACAAGAACCAUUUGGCUCGAUGAUGGAAAAGCACCUUAUGAAUUGGCCUGCAAAGUAUCUGUGCCCACAGAAUUCUGCAGAAAGCUCAGCAGAUUCUGAGAAUUCAAACUCCUGCCAUUCACAAAGUUGUACUCAUCCGCUGAAAUGAAAUAUUUUGGUUCUAGUGCUUUCACUAUCAAAUUAGUAUGGAAGCCCAUUUCCGCCAUAUGGGGAAAAAAAAUGUGCUUUUGUAAGUCGUAUUUAUGAGAUAAAAAGUCAUAAUUAUGAGAAACUAAGUCAUAUUUAAGAGAUAAAGAUUCAAAAUCUAAUUUAUGGCAAAAAAGGCAUAAUUAUGAGAUAAAGUCGAAUUUAUGAGAUAAGGUCGAAAUUAUGAGAUGGUAAAACAAAAUUAUGGAAUUAAAAGUUGUAUUUAUGAAAUAGUCAUAAAUUUGAGAUAAGAAAGUAAAAAUUGUGAGAUAGUAAGUCAUAAUAAUGAGAUUAAAAAGUCAAAAUUAUGAUAUAGUAAAUCAAAAUAAUGAGAUGAAAAGUCAUAAUUAUGAGAUAAAGACAAUUACAAGAUAAAAGUCAUAAUUAUGAGCUACAAACUCAUACUGAUCUAAUGUUUUCCCAUUGCAUAGAAUCAUAGUGGCCUAGUAAACUAAGAACACAUUGAGAGGUAUAUCAAACAUGGUUUGAAUUAUUAUGAAAUACUUGCCUUAUUAGCAGAAUAGCAUGCAAUUGUAUAGAGUAAACACACCAUUGAAAGGAUUUUAAGCAAGAAGCUUUGGCGCAGAAAGAACAAAAUGGACGUGACAGAGGUGGUCUCUUUCAUUCAUGCAGUAGAAAUCUUGGUUGAACAGAACUGCAUCUCAUAAUCAUCACUUUAAAUCUAAUAAUUAUGACUUUUUACCAAAUAAAUAUGACUAUCUCAGAAUUAUAACUUAUCAAAUCACAAUUUUUCAUGUGACAGAAAAGGUCUUCCAUAAUAUAAGUGCAUAAAAUGUAAAAAAGAAAGAUGAAAAAAAAAAGUAUUUGAAAUCUGAUCUGCACUGACGUUUGGGGCAAUUUGAAAAUGAAAGCUGGGAAAAAGCAUAUCCAGCACUGGUCACUGCAUGGAUUUAUUUCCACUGUAGAUAGUUACAGUGUACCAGAGUUAUUACAACUGACCCAGGCGCUUCCAGCCCUGCAAGUAAUGCAUUGCAAAAUGUUGCUUUUUGAUAAUAACUGUGUCCCAACCUGCCUGGGGCUGGUUAAAUCUUGAGAGAUGAAAUAUUUUGAUACUAUUCAUGUUAUUAAAAUAUUUAUU